CUGCAGCUGAGAAAUCCUACAGGCUGGCUUGCAUAGAAGAUGGCAAGGUUCCAGUGUUUCAACGCUGACUUCCCUACAUUUUGGACUGGGUGUUAGAGUAAAAGCAAUUCAAGGAGAGCAGAAAGGAUCAGGAGAUAAGUUCCUCCCUCUGACUGAGUCAUACGACGACAAAGAGACAUUCAAAGAGAGAGACGGCCAGGAAAGCCUAUGAGAGAUAUUCCCGGACAGACGAGCGAGAAAAUUCAGCUCACAAAUAAAUGUGGGAAAUAAUCCACGUAGCCUGAGAAACGUGUGCGGAAAUCGAGGAAGACUUCCAGAGAAAAAGACAAAAUUGUUUUAGAGAUAGCCAGACACAGCGUUUGCGAGACAUCCAGAGUGAGAGAGAUUGCUGGAAGGAAGAUAAGUCCGGGCAAAAUGAAACAGUCGUAGACUGUAGCAAGAGAGUCGGAAAACGUAUCAAGAGACAUCAAGGAAGUGUGACGGUGCCAGAGAGAUGUACUCACCAUACUGCCUGACUCAGGAUGAAUUUCACCCCUUCAUCGAAGCUCUUCUUCCCCAUGUGCGUGCAUUCUCAUACACAUGGUUCAAUCUCCAAGCAAGGAAGCGCAAGUACUUUAAGAAGCACGAGAAGCGGAUGUCGAAGGACGAAGAGAGGGCGGUGAAGGACGAGUUAUUAGGGGAGAAGCCUGAGAUCAAGCAGAAGUGGGCGUCACGGCUCUUGGCCAAGCUGAGGAAAGAUAUCCGGCCAGAGUUCCGAGAGGACUUUGUCCUGACCAUCACCGGGAAGAAACCUCCGUGUUGUGUCCUCUCUAACCCAGAUCAGAAAGGCAAAAUUCGGAGGAUUGACUGCCUCCGCCAGGCAGAUAAGGUGUGGAGGUUGGACCUGGUGAUGGUCAUCCUGUUUAAGGGGAUUCCGCUGGAGAGCACAGAUGGGGAACGUCUCUAUAAGUCGCCCCAAUGCUCCAACCCAGGGCUGUGCGUACAGCCUCACCACAUUGGGGUGUCCAUCAAAGAGCUGGACCUCUACCUGGCCUUUUUCGUCCACACGCCUGGUAAAUGUCAGGCAGACAGGGGCAACCAAAAUUAAGAUAGUGAUCCUGUCCCACCGACUCCCGAUGGACAUCUCACUUUCCAGGACUGCUUUGUCACCUCUGGUGUGUGGAAUGUCACAGAGCUCGUCCGUGUGUCGCAGACGCCUGUUGCAACAGCAUCUGGCCCUAACUUCUCAUUGGCUGAUCUGGAGAGCCCGAGCUAUUACAAUAUAAACCAGGUGACACUUGGUCGGCGGUCCUUAACGUCUCCUCCAUCCAGCAGCUCGACAAAGCGCCCCAAGUCUUUGGAUGACAGUGAAUUAGAGAGCCCAGUGGAUGACGUCUUCUACCCGGGUACGGGCCGAUCACCUGCAGCUGGGGGCAGCCAGGCCAGCGGUUGGCCGAAUGAUGUGGACACAGGACCCGGGUCUCUUAAGAAGUCAGGCAAGCUCGAGUAUUGCCAGACCAGUUCUUCUCGCAUGCCAUUCACCCAUCAUCCCCUCCCUGUGUUGGCUGGAGUGAGACCAGGGAGUCCAAGGGCAUCGGCAUCUACUAUACACUUUCCUUCAACGUCCAUUAUUCAGCAGUCCAGCCCUUACUUCACUCACCCAACAAUACGCUACCAUCAUCACCAUCACAGCCAGGACUCCCUGAAAGAGUUUGUUCAGUUUGUCUGCUCAGACACCUCUGGACAGGGAGCAGGGCAGCCCAGCAGCGGGGCCCAGGGGAAAAUGUCGGGUUCCUUUUUGCUGCCACCCCCCGCACCCGUGGCCAGGCCUGUCCCCCUUCCCCUGCCAGACACAAAACCUGUCACCAGCAACAUUGUCCCAGAUGGAGGACUGGCAACACAAGCAUCACCCUCAUUCUCAGCGCCUCCCCCAGCCGGGUCCAACAGGUUUGUCACAAUUGGAUCACGAGACAGCAACUUUCUGAACCUCCCCCAGCAGUCUCAAUCCUCGUUCCUUUGAUAUCACUUGCU